AGUUGUCCCGUGCUAUUUCUUCCCCACAGCCCUGAAAUAUAUUUAAUUAAGUUUUAAGUUAACGCAGUAACAGUUUAACAGAUCUGAAGAGAUUAAACAAGGUACGGCGUUACACUGGUGGCAGCGGGUGUGUGGACUGCAAGUUUUGCAGAGAGUUUUGCCGGGAUCAGCGAGCUAGCUACAUGUGCUCCGAUGCAGUAUUUUUUUUCUUCUCCUCCUCUGCACGUGAACUGCAGCGUCUGAAAAGCCGACGCUAAGCUAACGGCUAGGUUUUACUGCUGGGGACCUGUUUUAUGAAUGAAGAUUGUUUUGUUUUUUUCCCCUUCCUGCAUCACAGCGAGGACGAAGAGACAUUUACAGUUGCAAACAGUUAUUUCAUCAUGACCAGUCAUAACUCGUGGAAUGAACUGCCGUUUUCACCUGGCCCUGCACACGUGGUGCCACAAUUUUGGAAAGGAGAUUUUUCUCAUGUUUUUAUGGGAGAUGGGAAAGAAGACUUCUCAAGAUGGUGCAGACGUUUUGAGGUAACUGUUCAGGCCACCCCAACUUAUGAUGAAGACAGCAUGGCUAAGUUACUGCCCACACGCCUGGGUGGUGCUGCUUUUAGUUAUUGGGACAGUCAAUCUGAUGCAGUGAAAUCUGACUAUGAUGAUGUUAAAGAAAAACUUAAAGCUGUAUUUGGACAGACUGCUUAUGUGACCACAUUUCAGAGUUAUAUCAACGCACGUACACGUCUGCCAGGUGAAGCCCUCCCUGUGUUUGCUGCAGAAAUCAGUCGGUUAGUGGAAGAAGCUUUUCCCACUUAUGGACAGAAUGCUAAGGAUGGAGAAAAGUUCAGACGCUUCAUUGCUGGUAUUGAGCCUUAUCUUCAGCUGCGCUGUCAUGAACAAGGUUUGACAUCACUGGAUGCUGCACUGAAAUUCGCCAUCCAGAUUGAGACUGCUCACCAAGCUAGUAGGGUGUUUUCAUCUCAAAACACUGUGCAAUAUGUUUCCCAGGCACCCGUGUUGCCUAAUGUACCUGGUGCUGCACCUGCUCACUUCUCGACAUCAUCCCCUUCUCUCAGUGUUAACUCUGCCACCUCAGAGGACCUCAGAAACAUGCAGAAAACACUGGAGACACUUUCUGAGCGUGUUGAACAGCUACAUCUGCAGGUACAACGCCAGCAUAAAGACGCACGCCACAGCUCAUCUGACUACUGGUCUCAUCGGAGGAGUCCCUCUCCUCACAGUGAACGGGGACACAGCCGCUACAAUUCCUCGGACAGAAACAGCUACAGACGACCUUCCUAUGAUCAGCACACAGCUCCUGACCGCUCCUACGGACCCUCAAGGUAUGUAGAGGAUCGUUAUGACACACGGGACUCCCACAGACGUUCCGGGUCGUAUGAACGACAGGCACGUGGCCGCAGUCCAUCAUACAGGGAACACACACAGAGUGGUCGCUCUGCUGACCGCCAUGAGGACAGACGUGGAUCUCAUCGCUCUCCAAGUCCUGGACAUGUACGGUUCCAGUCUCCUUCACACACCAGCUCCAAUAAGUUAAACUACAAGUAGUUGACGAUGAGGGCCAGUUGCCAGCUACUGACUUUUCCCAGGCCCAUAAAGACAAUGAUAUGACACAGACUGACUUAACCAGAGACAUUUUAUCUGAAGUUAAUGCGUCAAAAAGAUAUGUGUCAGUUGUUAUUGAGGACACUGUGGUACAUGCUUUUGUUGACACUGGGGCAGACAUUUCAGUUAUUAGUGAAGAUUUCAGAAUGUCUACUAGUGCUCUUCACAAAAAGCCCAUUAUGAAGCAAUUUGUGCCUCUCACUAGUGUCACAGGUGACCCUCUUGACUCAGUGGGUUCAAUUUCCGUGAAUCUGAGUAUUGCCCACAAACCAAUGUCGCAUAAU